AUGAAGCGUCAGCGGGUCAAAGCUGUACCGAGCAGUAAUCAUGUUUACGUGGAGGAACCAAACACGGCUGAGUAUUCCGAUUUGCCACUGGCGCAACACAAAGCACCACCCGUCGAAAAAUGGUUAGAAGCGCAAAUACUGCCCGGUGAUACGUUGCAAGCUAUAGCGCUUCGAUUCAACUGUUCGAUACCACAGUUGAAGAAGUUGAAUAAAAUUGACAAGGACAACGAAAUCUACGCACGCAACGUGGUUCGCGUUCCGGUGACACCACACUCGAUACUGCUGGAAACACUUCCGCGUGUACACUCGAGCGGAAACAGUAGUCCGAAAAACAUCACACACACUCCACCGAACGCGAGCCAUCAUGUUCCCGCAGUUACGAAAGCUACGCUGGACGAAAAACUCAUUCUUGCGGCCGUAAGCAACGCCUCGAUUCAACCGAGCAGUAGUGUUGCUACACAAUUCCCAAAAAAGUCUUCCGGAAAACACAGGGACGUACGAUCGAGUGAGAUUGAACUUGAAGACUUGCACGGCGAAGUGGACUUCGAUAGUGAUGGGCUUUCAAGCCAACCGUUGCUACUCAGCGGCGAAUAUGACGAUAGUGUUCCACAGCCGCGCUCACUCCGGCUGCCGGCAAACGACUUUUCGUGCAAUGGAAGCGAUUGUGAUAUUUCCUGGAUUUGUUUGCUCGUCUUUAUCCUAGCGCUUUGCUUUGCAAUUCCACUUAUUUAUGUAGUGUAUGUGGCGGAACACAUAGACAAAUACCAUCACGAUAGUUUUAACGUUAACCACAGCUCCAAACUCUCAAACUGA